UGUGUUCCCCAUGGCAACAACAUCCAUAAACCCUGUAGCCUUCUUUACGGUCACUAAAACAAACACCGUGCCUCGGCGACAGCAGCUAGCGUGAACGUUGUUAGCGAGAACCAAUUUAUUUAUCGUACUUUGUUUUUAAAUCUUUGAUAUAAAAGACGAGGUUCUGUUGUUUCAUGAAGCGUUAACGCCGACUGGGCUCCUCCUUCGUACAUGAGGCGAAAACAGGAAUUCAUUCCCAUCAAACGCACACAAACCAAUGGCAACCAGUGCCAAGAGGCCAUCCCUGCAGGGUCCGGUGCCUCCACCCCGCAAGAAGACAGCCCCCAAGCCGGAGCUGACUGAGGAGCAGAAGCAGGAGAUCAGGGAGGCCUUCGAGCUCUUCGAUACUGAUGGUUCUGGGUUCAUUGACGUGAAGGAGCUGAAGGUGGCCAUGAGAGCUCUGGGCUUUGAACCAAAGAAAGAGGAGAUCAAGAAGAUGAUCGCAGAGGUGGACAAGGAGGGCACAGGAAAGAUCUCCUUCGCUGACUUCCUGUCAGUCAUGACACAGAAAAUGGCUGAAAAGGAUUCCAAAGAGGAGAUCAUGAAGGCUUUCAGGCUGUUUGACGACGACGAGACGGGCAAGAUCUCCUUCAAGAACCUGAAGAGAGUGGCCAAAGAGCUGGGAGAAAACCUGACGGACGAGGAGCUGCAGGAGAUGAUCGACGAGGCGGACCGGGAUGGAGACGGAGAAGUGAAUGAGCAGGAGUUCUUGCGAAUCAUGAAGAAAACCUGCCUGUACUGAAGGAACGUGUGACAUCACAGGGGGCGGGGCUUCACGUGUAACGCUGCUUAUGAUGUGUUCGAAAACCCUUUAUUACUUUGUGGUGCCAUACACUGACAAACGUGCGUCCUAAUCCAGCCACCGCAGGUUUUUAUUAACGCUCAGUAUGAGAACGUGUUUAUUUAUCGCCAAGUCUCAGUGUUUGCAGGAAAAACGGUGACGAUACAUUCCAGCGCUUUAUUUAAUGGCAGAACUCGUGCGUUAUAUGUUCAACCAGUUUAGCUUAUUUGAUGUGCUGUGGUGUGUUUUGGCUCAGUUUAAGUGCAUUUCAUUCUCGGAUGAGCAGCGUGACCUUGUGCCUCCUAACGAUGCGACCUUCACAAUCAGAGGAUCGAGCGACCUCUCAGACCUGCACACCCUCCAAACAGCAGCUCCCACCAUCUCAAAGCUAUGAAUGAUAUCCACAAAGUAUUUAUAUUUCUGUUGUUCGUAUAUUUCCUGUUUUGUAUACUGUGAACUGAGUAAUU